UAAUGUCCUGUGACUCACUCACACCCAACACAUAAGUCACUAUAUAAUAGGCUACAUAUAACUAUGCCUAACAAGGUCACUGACAUGCACUUCCACCAAGUAGAAGAAGAAGAACAUACUGGAGAGAGCAGAUCAUCCUCAAGAACACCGAGAGGGAAUUUCGUGGUUUACGUUGGCACAAACAAAAAGUUGGAGAGAUUUGUGAUUCCCACAAGGUUUCUGAAGAGCCCAUCUUUCCAGAAGCUUCUUGAAAAGGCUGCCGAGGAGUACGGUUACGCGGAAGCUUACCGUAACAAGAUUGUCUUGCCAUGUGAUGUCUCUAGUUUCCGAAGUCUCGUCAUGUUCCUGACUUCUCACGGCAAGGGACAUUAACCACAUGAGCCGACUACGUCGUCUGAAUGAUAAAAUGGUCAUAUACGUCUCAUAUGCAUGUGUUAUAAUUCAAAAUUUUUGUAAUGUACUAUAUAUUCUGACUUAAUUCAACUACGAGUGUAAGAUCUUUAUUUAUCAUUUUCUUGAAUAUCAGUUCAAUGUGUGUGUGUUUUUCUUA